UUGGACUGGGAAAGCUUGGACUUGCUUACUUCCGGCGAGGAAGUGUUGUGAACUGUCCGCUUCGGUUUUAUCUCUAUUUGUAAGAAGAAACCCGUCUUUCCAACGUUGAUUGCGGGAGCUUGGUCUUCCAGGAGAGUUUCCCGGGACUGGGGCCUUGAGGAAAGGAAAUGGGCUUUGUGUCCAGAGUGUAGUCCUGCCCCUAACCUUGACCGGGCCGGUCUACGUGUCUACGGGGUCAGGGUCCAUUCCGAGGAAUCCAUGUCCAGAUCUGUACUUAUAACCCUGCUUCCCCUCGGGACCAAUGAAAGUCUCCCUUUGGUCUGUCAGGCUCCUAUGACUUGAAGGACAGGACCAGUUUUGACCAUUGUAAUGUUUAUGACCCAUGUUCUGACUUAAGUUUGGCUUAUGGUAGAGAGAAGGAACUACUGCGUUUGGACUAGUUAGUAAGUCUUGUCCUUUCAUUUAUACGAAAUUUAAUGUUCUUCACCUCUAAAAUCGUGUUGUUUGGGCCUGAUGUCAUCAGAUUUUUAUGGCUCUCAUUUCCAUUUUUUAAAUGUUAGAAAUAUUCUCUGUUAGUAGUUAUUUUAUGGGUGGCGUGAUGGCUGCUUUGUCGUCUAUAUUUUUAAGUAAAUUACUCUGUUGAGUGGUCCUCGUUAGUUUAGAUGACCUCUUUGUCAUCUCUUUGCUAAUAAUGAUUUCCAAUAUAUCAGUAGGUUGUACACUAAUGAAAGCAUCCUUCAGAAGAUCUUAAAGAGCAGAAAACAAAUUUGAUCAGUGUAACACAGUUAACCUGGAGAGCCAUCCCCCUGGAGUUGGAAUGAUAAUGACAGAGUCUGGGGAAGUUACAGACUUGGACCCUCCAGCUGAGACUUCACAAGAGCAAGAAGACCUUCUAAUAGUAAAGGUGGAAGAAGAAGACUGCACCUGGAUGCAGAAGUACAAUCCACCAGUAUUUGAGACUUUUUACCAGCGCUUUAAGCAUUUCCAGUACCAUGAGGCAUCAGGACCCCGGGAGGCACUCAGCCAGCUCCGGGUGCUCUGCUGUGAGUGGCUGAGGCCUGAGCUGCACACCAAGGAGCAGAUUCUAGAGCUGCUGGUGCUGGAGCAGUUCCUCACCAUCCUGCCUGAAGAGUUCCAGACCUGGGUGAGAGAACAUCACCCAGAAAACGGAGAAGAGGCUGUGGCUGUGGUAGAAAAUAUACAGAGGGAACUAGAGGAACGCAGACAACAGAUUGUGGCAUGUCCUGAAGUCCUUUCUCAGAAGAUGGUGCCACCGGGAGCCAUGCAAGAAUCCUUCAAUCACCAGCUCCUGUCUCUGGACCCCCAGCCUGAACAAGAGCCACAGAAGCCUCAUCUUCUGGAGGAAAAUGCCCUUCCUGCUCUCCAAGUUUCUCCCCUUCCCCUGAAGGACAGCCAGGAGCUGACAGCCUCACUUCUCUCAGCUGGGUCCCAGUUGGUGAAAAUGGAAGAUGUGGCUGAUAUGGCUGUUUCCUUCAUCCUGGAGGAAUGGGGACAUUUGGACCAGUCCCAGAAGUCCCUCUAUAGGGAUGACAGGAAGGAGAAUUAUGAGAGUAUUACUUCCAUGGAUUAUGAGUCCAGAAAUGACAAUGUGGAACUCAUAGUAAAGCAGAUUUCUGAUGAAGCCGAAUCGCAAUGGAUGAUAUCAGGAAGCACUGAAAGAAAUGUUCCCGAGAGUCAAGAGUUUGGAGAAGUUAGUGACCUUCACAGCAUGGUAGAAAGGUGGCAGGUAAACCCCACUGUGGGCAAGUCAAGGCAGAACCCUCCCCAGAAAAGAAAUCUUGGUGCCAUCACAGACAUUAACCAUAAGCAAAACACAAAUGCCGAGAGAGGUCACAAAUGUAAUGACUGUGGUAAAUUUUUCCUUCAAGCCUCAAACUUCAUUCAGCAUCGGCGAAUCCACACUGGAGAAAAACCAUUUAAGUGUGGUGAAUGUGGGAAAAGCUAUAAUCAGCGUGUGCACCUUACUCAGCAUCAGCGAGUCCACACUGGUGAGAAACCCUACAAAUGUCAGGUGUGCGGAAAAGCCUUCCGUGUGAGCUCCCACCUCGUCCAGCACCACAGUGUACACAGCGGAGAGAGACCUUACGGAUGUACCGAAUGCGGGAAGAACUUCAGUCGGCACUCCCAUCUGAUUGAGCACCUGAAGCGCCACUUCCGAGAGAAAUCCCAAAGGUGCAGUGACAAAAGAAAUAAGAAUACAAAAUUGAAUGUUAAAAAGAAAAUUUCAGAAUUUUCAGAUGCAGACAUGGAACUCUCUGGAAGAAUCCAAAGAAAUGUUUCUCAAGUUCAAGACUUUGGAGAAGGCAAGUUGGAAAGAAAGCAGGGAACUCCCAUGAAAGAGAUUCUAGGACAACCCUCUUCAAAGAGGAUAAAUUUCAGUGAAGUCACAUAUGUCCACAAAAAGUCAUCCACAGGAGAGAGACCACAUAAAUGUAAUGUAUGUGGAAAAAGUUUUAUUCAGAGCUCCCAUCUUAUUCAACAUCAGCGAAUACACACUGGGGAGAAACCAUUUAGGUGUGAUGAGUGUGGGAAAAGCUACAAUCAACGUGUGCAUCUAACUCAACAUCAGCGAGUCCACACUGGUGAAAAACCCUAUACGUGUCAUUUAUGUGGGAAAGCGUUUAGAGUGAGAUCCCAUCUUGUUCAGCAUCAGAGUGUGCACAGUGGGGAGAGACCCUUUAAGUGUAAUGAGUGUGGAAAAGGCUUUGGGAGGCGUUCACACCUUGCUGGGCAUCUGACACUCCACUCCAGAGAGAAAUCCCAUCAGUGUCAUGAAUGUGGAGAGAUCUUUUUUCAGUAUGUUAGCCUCAUUGAACAUCAGGUGCUCCACAUGGGUCAGAAAAAUGAAAAAAAUGGCAUUUGUGAGGAAGCAUAUAGUUGGAACUUAACAGUGAUUGAAGACAAGAAGAUUGAGUUACAAGAAGAGCCUUAUAAGUGUGAUAUAUGUGGCAAAGCCUUUAGGUAUAGUUCUUACCUUAUUCAGCAUUACAGAACUCAUACUGCAGAGAAAACCUAUAAAUGUGAUAUAUGUAGAGAAAACGUUGGCCAGUGUCCCCACAUAAAACAACAUCAAAAAGCCUAUUCCAACAUAAAAUCCCAUCAAUGUAAUGAAUGUGGCAGAGGCUUCACUCUGAAGUCACAUCUUAAUCAACAUCAGAGAAUCCAUACUGGUGAGAAACCCUUUCAGUGUAAAGAAUGUGGGAUGAGUUUCAGUUGGAGUUGUAGCCUCUUCAAACAUUUGAGAAGUCACGAGAGGACAGACUCCAGAAGUACCUUAAGUGUGUAGAUGUUUCUGUUGUAGCAACAGUUCUUACUUAAUUUUAGAGAAGUCUUCCUGAAGAGAAACCCUACUUGUAUAAUGAACGUAAUAACAACUUCAAGCAGUUUUGCCAACUUAACCAUCAAACCUAUAGAUAUGCUGAAAUGCUUCAGGUAGAAUUUAGGAACACUGGAGAACAGUAGAUAGAUACCUGUUUGUUUUUCCUGUUGAGAAAAUGCUUUCAAUAGCAGACAAAAGACAACCCACAGAUAAGGUGGAUGAAAGAAACCCUUCAGGCACUCAUUCUUUGUUUGAAUCUCAAAACAUUGACACUGAGAAAAGCCUCAUGAAUGCAGUAGAUACAAGCUUUAUUUGUAGUUUCUGCCUAGUUUGACAGCUUAUUUAUUCAGGGAAGAGCACAGGUAAAGGAGAAGAGAACUCUUCAGCCCGAUAUCCGUUUUGGUACCUCAGCAAUGAACCUUUCCUAGAUAUGAUUAUCCCAGCCACUAGAAUGCUCCAGUCAUUGUUCCCAACGUAAGUAUUAAACCAUUUGAAAUGAAAUUGACUUAGGUAUUUUGGCAAAAUUGGGGUUCAGAGGCUAAAUGGUAUGUGUUCCUGCUGUCUUACUCAAUCUACAAGUUCUCCGUGAAACACACUCUACUUUUUUGUUUUGUUUUGAUUCUUGUAGCAUCAAAGUUAGUUAUUAGAAAGAGAAGUUCAGUUUGUCAAUUCAGGGGAAACUGUUGGUCAGUCACAUCUUGAGGUGAAGGGAGAGGGACCUUAGUGGAAUAGAGUAGAGAAGACUAGUCAAACUGUGGACUGUUUAUUUUCUGUUCCCCUCAAAAACGAGGGCAGCUACGUCCAUAGAAGGAAUUGGACCAAGUUGAAUUAAGAAUCGUGGUCCAAGCAGUAUGUGUACCAAUUCUCAGUUGCUCUGGAGAUAGGUCUCCCCCACAGGAUACUGGUGUGUAGAAAGAGUUUCAGUUUGAGUUGCAGGUGGAUUUGAAAGCAAACAGUAAUUCGGAGCAGGGAGGACAUGGUCUGGUUAGGCCUGUCUUGUGGGAAAGUCUGGGUAGGAAUUGUGGGGGAAAGAAGAUGACAUGGGGAAAAGAAUUAGCCUGAGCCUUUUUACUAGAGAGAGGGAUAGUGCUUUUGGGCACUGCUGAAGGCCUGCUUCUGCCGACUGCCUAGCAUACAAUAAACAAUAAAUACUGUUGACUGUUGUACACUGGUGUCCUGUUCAGAUCCCUUUGAUCAAGCUGGCACACCCGUCCUGUAGCUGCUCUGAGUUUUGGCUGCUGAGUACUCGCAGCUCUUCCCUUCUCUAGAGACUGGAGAACUUACCCUCAGAUGGUGGGAGCUGCCUCCUCCCGGAGUUAUCUGUCCUCCUCACUGCCCAACCACUGGCUGAUAUGGAGUACAAAAGGCUGAUUCACUUACCUCAAGGCAGGGGGGAUACCGUAAUGUAGUUUAUGUUCUAGAACCCACCCUUUGUGGAUCAGGCCAAGGCUAGAGCUUAGGAGAUUACAUCCAUGCCUGGCUCUUAGCCUUCUUGAUCCUGUUUCAUUCUCCCAUGAAGACUUCCUGAAGAACACUCCCUCAGGUAAUCAGUGGCUCUGAAUCCCUGCCUCAGGCUCUGCUUUAGGGAACCUGAUCUAAGACAUGGUGUUGUGAGCAGUCCUAGGAGGCUGACUGUAAGAACGAAUUCUGGAGCAGGCCACUGCCUAUGAGACAGGGCAAAAGCUGUCACUUCCGGUGGGUGGGGUGGAGUGGUAGUCCCUGGCAUGUGGUGGCUGUUCAGUUGUGAGACAUUCACUGCUGAACUGGGAUGGCAUACAGGUGGAAAGGGAUGUACUGACUUGAGUAAGAUUUGGUGAAAAAAUGAAAAUAUAAGGAUUAUGGAAUUGGAUGGUUCUUGCUGAAAGUCACUGAUUGAAAAGGACACACUCGGAGGGCCGGCUGAGUGGCUCAGUUGGUUAAGAGCUCGCUCAAGAAUUUGAGCUCUGAGCAAC